AUGAUGUUAGAUCCUUGUGUAUUCAGUAUGUCACCACCUAGGAGUAAAGCGUGGAAUUGCUUCAAAAAGAAAAAUGGUUCAGAAGCAAUUUGUAAAGUUUGCUCGAAUAUUAUUAAAUACUCAGGAAAUACGUCCAAUCUUUUUAAACAUCUAAAGAAACAUUCUAAUCUACCAUUAACAGCUACAACUGUAGAUAAUGUGACUGUUGAAAUUGAUUCAUCACAGGCAAUACUUAAUCGCCAUCUAUCUGAACCGAUUGAACCUUCAACAUCAAAAUCCAGUGAUACUUCUACUAAUUUAUCGAGUGAGAUCGCAUCAAGUCAUACACUUGAGGAAGAAAUGGUUGAUUCUCCUUUACCAGCCAAACUUGUGGUAAAACGACCAAUAGUGGAAUCAUUUAAUAGAGCCAGUCAUUUCCAAGAAGGAGGGUAUCGUCAUUCAAAGAUUACAAUGUCUUUGUUGUAUUUUAUUUGUAAGGACAAAAGACCAUUUCACGUAAUAGAUGGAAAAGGAUUCCAACAUCUCCUUAAAGAGUUAUCUCCAUCAUACAAGAUUCCUUGCGCUACAACAUUAAAACAACUUUUGGACAAUAAGUAUGAUGUGAUGAAGCAAUCUCUCAAAAAAACUCUUUUGAAAUCAUUUUGUCUAUCGGUUAUUGAGUUAAAAGAACAACACACAGGUGAUUACAUUUCAAAAAUACUUAAUCAAACAUUAGAAGACUGGGAAAUAGAGAAGGAUAAUGUUGUAACUAUAGUAACAGACAAUGGUUCCAAUAUGAUCUCAGCAGUAAACAAGACUUUUAAAAAAAUUGAUGGUAAAAGUCGACACAUACCAUGUUUUGCACAUACGAUUAACUUAGUGGUAGAAGUAGCAGUUAAUCAUUCAAGUGUGAAUAAUUUGAUAUCUAUGGUACGUGAAAUAGUCAAGUGGGUGAAGAGAAGUGUAAAAAAUAGUGAUUGUUUAAGAAAGUCUCAAAUGGACACUGGAAUACCAGAAGGUUCUGUUAUAAAAUUAAUACUCGAUGUUAAGACACGUUGGAAUUCAACUUUCUACAUGAUUGAGAGGUUUCUUAAAAUUGUAGAUUUGAUUAGUCCUAUGUUGUUAAGAGAUUGUUCUGGACCUAGCAUGUUGUCUGCUUAUGAUAUCGAAGCUCUUCAACAAUUAGUUAGACUCUUGAAACCGUUAGAACAUGUAACAAAAGAGUCUUCAGGUGAAAAGUAUGUGACCAUUUCAAAAAUUAUACCAAUGAUAAAUUGUCUUGUCGCACAAUUAAAUAAUAUUAAACCAAGUACUGAUAGUAUAUCUGAUGUACAAGUAACUUUGCUACGAGAAAUUAAUAAACGUUUUGGAUCAAUUGAGUUGGUCACUCCAAUUGCAAUUUCUACUCUACUAGACCCUAGAUUUAAAAAUUUACAUUUUCAUGAUGCAAAUGCAUGCUCAAAAGCAAUGUCAACUCUAAGAAAAAUGAUGAAUAAUGAUCUAGUUGAUACUACAACAACCGAUACAUUGAGAGAAUGUGACGCUCCUACAACGGAAACAUAUCAUUUUUGGAAUCACCACGAGUCAUUAGCACUUGGUCAAAAAACCAAUAGACCUAAUUAUGAUGGAAUUAUAAAUGAUGAGUUAUCACUUUAUUUAACAAAUCCAGUGGUUCCAUUGAUAACCAAUCCCUUGGAAAAAUGGGAAGAACUAAAGAAUAUUUUUCCUUUACUGUAUAAGCAAGCAAGAAUUCAUUUUGCAAUGGUUGCUACUUCUGUCCCUUGCGAACGGUUAUUUUCCAAGGCAGGCGCUACUAUAACAAAUACUAGAAACCGUUUAACAGGAAAACGUCUAGAAAAGUUACUUUUCCUAGGUUGCUUCGAUGAAGAAGACUGGUUUUAA